AUGACACUAGGAAACUUCUCCCGGGUGACUGAAUUUAUCCUUCUUGGGCUUUCUGAUACAAGGGAGCUGCAAAUCUUCUUCUUUGCCUUCUUUUUUCUGGCCUAUGCCAUGGUUCUCCUGGGGAACCUUCUCAUUAUUGUAACAGUCAAAGCUGACCCCAAGCUGUCCUCACCUAUGUACUUUCUGCUCUGCAACUUGUCCUUCAUAGAUAUCUGUUGCACCUCUGUCACCUCUCCCAGGAUGCUGGUGGACCUGAUCUCACAAAGGAAGACCAUUGCCUUUGAGGACUGUAUAGCCCAGCUGUUUUUUCUGCACUUUGUUGGGGCAACAGAGAUGUUCCUCCUGACAGUGAUGGCAUAUGACCGCUACACCGCCAUCUGCAAGCCCCUGCACUACACAGCCAUCAUGAGCCGGCAGGUAUGUUGGGUCCUGGUAUUCGCCUGCUGGGCUGGGGGCUUCCUCCACUCUAUCGUCCAGACACUGCUCACAAUCCAGCUCCCUUUCUGUGGCCCCAAUGCAAUAGACAACUACUUCUGUGACGUGCCUCCUGUCAUCCGGCUUGCCUGCAUGGAUGUCCAUGUCACUGAGUGGCUCAUGGUCUCCAACAGUGGCUUAAUAUCCCUGGCUUGUUUCCUGGUGUUGGUCACAUCUUACACGUUCAUCCUGGUCACAGUCAGGGUCCGCUUCACUGAGGGGCACUGGAAAGCACUUUCCACCUGUGCCUCACACUUGAUGGUUGUCACCCUUUUCUUUAUACCCUGCAUCUUCAUCUACCUCCGGCCCUUCACUAGUUUUUCCUCUGACAAGCAUGUCUGUGUGAUCUACACUGUCUUCUGCCCAGUGAUGAACCCACUCAUCUACACCCUGAGGAAUAAUGAGGUGAAGGCAUCCAUGUGGAAACUGUGGCAGCGCUGCAGAUUCUUCUGAGACAAGCUGGCUGUGCAGAAAACCUGGUGUUACCUUCCUACAGACCAGUGGCAGAUCAGGAUAUGGGAACAGUGUUGGAAUUCAUCAUGUAGGGCAGUAUCUAAAACCCAGAGGAUGUUUAGUUCCAGUUCAGGAAUUUACCUAACAUUGGUUUCUUCAGAGUAGUAGAUUUCAUUGAUACUGUUGUCUGUUUUAUGGGCUUUAGGUCUCCUUAGUCCACCUCCGAAUUUGUCGCUGCUGCAGCACAGAUGAGACAUUUUUAAAGGUUGUUGCUCUUCACAGUGCCUUGCAAUUAUAACUGCAGUUUCUGAUAGUGAUUAGGGCAUCCUCCUCUGCACCCUCAAAGAGAAGUCAGGAGGACCAGACUUGAGUAGAGAAGAUUUGAUGGUAUUAUACAUUGAGCCUUGUGAAGCAGUGAGUGAAUUAGAAGUUUUU